UUUACAAAGCUGUACCAGACUCCCCAGACAGAUAUGGCUGAAUGUGCAGAAAAAUUAUUUGAUUUGGUGGAUGGUUUUGCUGAAAGCACCAAACGUAAAGCUGCAGUUUGGCCACUGCAAAUCAUUCUUCUUGUCUUGUGUCCAGAAAUAAUCCAGGACAUUUCCAAGGAUGUGGUUGAUGAAGCGAAAAUGAAUAAGAAAAUGUUUCUUGACAAUCUCAGAAGAGCACUGGCGGGCCAUGGCGGGAGUAGGCAGCUGACGGAGAGUGCGGCCAUCGCUUGUGUGAAGCUGUGCAAAGCCAGCACCUACAUCAACUGGGAGGAUAACUCAGUCAUCUUCCUGCUUGUGCAGUCCAUGGUGGUAGACCUGAAGAACUUGCUUUUUAAUCCAAGCAAACCGUUCUCAAGAGGCAGUCAAAAUGCCGACGUGGACCUCAUGAUUGACUGCUUGGUUUCUUGCUUUCGUAUAAGCCCUCACAAUAACCAACACUUUAAGAUCUGUUUGGCCCAGAACUCCCCAUCCACAUUUCAUUAUGUGCUGGUAAACUCCCUACAUCGAAUUAUCACCAAUAGCACUUUCAAGCAUGGACUUGGCACUGCUUCCGCACUGGAUUGGUGGCCCAAGAUUGAUGCUGUGUAUUGCCAUUCUGUUGAACUACGAAACAUGUUUGGUGAAACACUUCAUAAGGCCGUGCAGGGCUGUGGGGCACAUGCAGCAAUACGAAUGGCACCGAUGCCAACCAGUCACUGUUUUGCGUGGCAGUGGGCUUCUGUGGCUAGUCUUACAUUUAAAGAAAAAAUGACAAGCCUUAAAUUUAAAGAAAAACCUACGGACUUGGAAACAAGAAGUUAUAAAUACCUCCUAUUAUCCAUGGUGAAACUAAUCCAUGCAGACCCUAAGCUGUUACUAUGUAAUCCAAGAAAACAAGGGCCAGAAUCUCAGGGGAGUACAGCAGAGUUAAUCACAGGCCUUGUGCAGCUUGUCCCACAGUCUAGCAUGCCAGAAAUAGCCCAAGAAGCAAUGGAGGCUUUGCUGGUUCUUCAUCAGUUGGAUAGCAUUGACUUAUGGAAUCCAGAUUCACCUAUAGAAACAUUCUGGGAGAUUAGCUCACAAAUGCUUUUUUAUAUCUGUAAAAAGCUAACUACCCAUCAGAUGCUUAGCAGUACAGAAAUUCUCAAAUGGUUGCGGGAAAUUUUGAUCUGUAGGAACAAAUAUCUUCUUAAAAAUAAGCAGUCAGAUAGGAGUUCUUCCCAUUUUCUCUACCUUUAUGGGGUAGGGUAUGAUGGCUCUUCUGGUGGCGGUACCAGUCAUAUCUCUCUAGACCAUGAAGAGUUUAUGCGUACCUGUGCUCCAGGACCACCUCUCAGGAAAGUAAAAGGAAACUCCUUGAUGGAUGGUGCAAUAGGGUCCAGUGGGACGCCAAUAUGUCGCCAGGCUCAGACUAAGCUGGAAGUCGCUCUGUACAUGUUUCUAUGGAGCCCCGACAUUGAAGCUGUGCUUGUGGCCAUGUCCUGCUUUCGACACCUCUGUGAGGAAGCCGAUAUCAGGUGUGGCAUAGAUGAGAUUUCCGUGCAUCAUUUCUUGCCCAACUAUAAUACCUUCAUGGAGUUUGCAUCUGUCAGCAACAUGAUGUCAACAGGAAGAGCAGCUCUUCAGAAAAGAGUGAUGGCAUUGCUAAGGCGCAUCGAACACCCGACUGCAGGCAACACCGAGGCUUGGGAAGAUACUUAUACAAAAUGGGAACAAGCAACAAAAUCAAUCCUCAAUUAUCCAAAAGCCAAAAUGGAAGAUAGUCAGGUUGCUGAAAGUCUUCAUAAGACCAUUGUGAAGAGGAGGAUGUCUCAUGUGAGUGGAGGAGGCUCCAUAGACUUGUGUGACACAGACUCGCUCCAAGAGUGGAUCAACAUGACUGGGUUUCUUUGUGCCCUUGGUGGGGUGUGCCUGCAGCACCGAAGCAAUGUUGGCUUUGCCACCUACAGCCCUCCCAUGGGCCCCAUCAGUGAGCGCAAGGGCUCUCUGAUUUCCAUGGUGUCCUCAGAUGGAAACGCGGAGACACCUGUCAGCAAGUUCAUGGAUCGGCUGCUCUCUUUGAUGGUGUGUAACCAUGAAAAGGUGGGGUUGCAGAUACGGAGCAACGUCAAGGAUUUGUUGGGCCUAGAAUUGAGUCCUGCCCUUUAUCCAAUGCUGUUUAACAAAUUAAAAAAUACCAUCAGCAAGUUUUUUGAUCCUCAAGGCCAGGUUUUAGUGACUGACACCAACACCCAGUUUGUGGAACAGACCAUAGCCAUAAUGAAGAACUUGCUUGAUAAUCACAGUGAGGGCAGUUCUGAACACAUGGGACAAGCUAGCAUCGAAAUAAUGAUGUUAAAUCUGGUCAGAUAUGUUAGAGUGUUUGGGAAUUUGGUACAUGCAAUUCAGAUAAAAACUAAACUCUGCCAGCUGGUUCAAGUGAUGAUGGAGAGAAGAGAUGACCUUUCAUUUUGCCAGGAGAUGAAAUUUAGGAACAAAAUGGUGGAAUAUCUGACAGAUUGGGUCAUGGGAACAUCUAACCAAGCAACAGAUGAAGAUAUAAAAUGUCUAACUAGAGAUUUGGACCAGGCAAGCAUGGAAGCAGUGGUGUCGUUGCUUGCUGGGCUCCCUUUACAGCCCGAGGAAGGAGAUGGGGUGGAAUUGAUGGAGGCCAAAUCCCAACUGUUUCUUAAAUACUUUACACUAUUUAUGAACCUUCUUAAUGACUGCAGUGAGAUUGAAGAAGACAAUGUACAAAUUGGGGGCAGGAAGCGAGGCAUGUCGAGAAGACUGGCCUCCCUGAGGCACUGCACUGUGCUUGCCAUGUCCAACUUGCUCAACGCUAAUGUUGAUAGCGGCCUGAUGCACUCCAUAGGAUUGGGUUAUCACAAAGACCUUCAGACAAGAGCUACCUUCAUGGAAGUCCUUACAAAAAUCCUUCAGCAAGGCACAGAAUUUGAUACGCUGGCAGAAACAGCAUUGGCCGAUCGAUUUGAGAGACUUGUGGAGUUGGUCACAAUGAUGGGUGAUCAAGGAGAGCUCCCCAUAGCCAUGGCCUUGGCCAAUGUGGUGCCUUGUUCUCAAUGGGAUGAACUUGCUCGAGUCCUUGUCACUCUCUUUGAUUCUCGACACUUACUCUACCAGCUGCUUUGGAACAUGUUUUCUAAGGAGGUCGAGCUGGCUGACUCCAUGCAGACACUCUUUAGAGGGAACAGCUUAGCCAGUAAAAUCAUGACCUUCUGUUUUAAGGUCUAUGGUGCUACCUACCUGCAGAAACUUCUGGAGCCUUUGCUGCGAUUUGUGAUCACUUCCUCUGAAUGGCAGCACGUCAGCUUUGAAGUCGAUCCCACCAGGUUAGAGCAUUCAGAGAGCCUUGAGGAGAAUCAGCGUAAUCUCUUGCAAAUGACUGAGAAGUUCUUCCAUGCCAUCAUCAGUUCUUCCUCAGAGUUUCCUCCUCAGCUUCGGAGUGUGUGCCAUUGCUUAUAUCAGGCAACUUGCCACUCUCUACUGAAUAAAGCUACCGUAAAAGAAAAAAAGGAAAACAAAAAAUCAGUUGUUAGCCAGAGAUUCCCUCAGAACAGCAUUGGCGCCGUGGGGAGUGCCAUGUUCCUGAGAUUCAUCAACCCUGCCGUUGUGUCUCCCUACGAGGCAGGGAUUUUAGAGAGAAAACCGAUCCCUAGAAUUGAAAGGGGAUUGAAGCUAAUGUCAAAGAUACUUCAGAGUAUUGCCAAUCACGUCCUCUUCACAAAAGAAGAGUAUAUGAGGCCUUUUAACGACUUUGUGAAAAGCAACUUUGACGUAGCCAGGAGAUUUUUCCUUGAUAUUGCAUCUGAUUGCCCUGUAAGUGAUGCCAUAAACCACAGCCUUUCCUUCAUCAGUGAUGGCAAUGUCCUUGCUCUUCACCGUCUCCUCUGGAACAACCAAGAGAAAAUUGGCCAAUAUCUUUCAAGCAACAGAGAUCACAAAGCUGUUGGAAGACGACCUUUUGAUAAGAUGGCAACUCUCCUUGCCUACCUGGGUCCUCCAGAACACAAGCCUGUAGCUGACACUCACUGGUCCAGCCUGAAUCUUACCAGUUCUAAAUUUGAGGAAUUUAUGACGAGGCACCAAGUACACGAGAAGGAGGAGUUUAAGGCGCUGAAAACAUUAAAUAUCUUCUAUCAAGCAGGCACUUCCAAGGCUGGGAAUCCUGUUUUUUAUUACGUCACACGCAGGUUCAAGACCGGCCAGAUCAAUGGGGAUUUGCUGAUCUACCACGUCUUACUCACUUUAAAGCCAUAUUACGCGAAGCCAUACGAGAUCGUGAUGGACCUCACGCAUGCCGGGCCCAGCAACCGCUUCAAGACGGACUUCCUCUCCAAGUGGUUCGUCGUGUUCCCGGGCCUCGCUUACGAGAACGUGUCUGCCGUCUACAUCUACAACUGCAACUCUUGGGUCAGGGAGUACACCAAGUACCACGAGAGGCUGCUCACCGGCCUCAAGGGCAGCAAGAGGCUCUUCUUCAUAGACUGCCCGGCCAAGCUGGCGGAGCACAUCGACUACGACCAGCAAAAGCUGCCGGCCGCCACGCUGGCCCUGGACGAGGACCUCAAGGUGUACAACAGCGCCCUGAAGCUGGCUCACAAAGACACCAAGGUGACGCUGAAGGUCGGCUCCACGGCGAUUCAAGUAACGUCGUCCGAGCGAACAAAAGUCCUGGGCCAGACGGUUUUUCUGAAUGAUAUUUACUACGCCUCUGAGAUCGAGGAAAUCUGUCUAGUGGAUGAAAACCAGUUUACCUUAACGAUCUCCAAUCAGGGCACUCCGCUCACCUUCAUGCAUCAAGAGUGCGAAGGCAUCGUCGCAUCCAUCAUUCAUAUCCGAACUAGAUGGGAGCUGUCCCAGCCAGAUUCCAUCCCCCAACAUACUAAGAUCCGGCCAAAGGAUGUUCCUGGGACACUUCUGAAUAUUGCAUUACUUAAUUUGGGUAGCUCGGACCCUAGUUUACGGUCAGCUGCCUAUAAUCUUCUCUGUGCCUUAACCUGUACCUUUAAUUUAAAAAUUGAGGGCCAAUUACUAGAAACAUCAGGUCUGUGUAUCCCUGCCAACAAUACCCUUUUUAUUGUCUCUAUUAGUAAAACGCUGGCAGCUAAUGAGCCACACCUCACCUUAGAGUUUUUGGAAGAGUGCAUUUCCGGAUUUAGCAAAUCUAGUAUUGAACUGAAACACCUGUGUCUAGAAUACAUGACUCCCUGGCUAUCUAAUCUAGUCCGUUUCUGUAAACAUAAUGAUGAUGCCAAGCGGCAAAGAGUCACUGCUAUUCUCGAUAAACUCAUAACAAUGACCAUAAAUGAAAAGCAGAUGUAUCCAUCUAUCCAAGCAAAGAUCUGGGGAAGCCUCGGGCAGAUUACAGAUCUGCUCGAUGUAGUACUGGACAGCUUCAUCAAAACCAGUGCCACAGGUGGUUUGGGUUCCAUCAAGGCUGAAGUGAUGGCUGAUACGGCUGUGGCGCUGGCUUCUGGAAACGUGAAACUGGUAUCCAGCAAGGUGAUUGGAAGAAUGUGCAAAAUAAUUGACAAGACCUGCCUCUCUCCAACUCCUACCUUAGAACAACACCUCAUGUGGGAUGAUAUCGCCAUUUUAGCCCGCUAUAUGCUAAUGCUGUCCUUCAAUAAUUCUCUGGAUGUAGCGGCUCAUCUUCCCUACCUCUUCCAUGUUGUGACUUUGUUGGUGGCCACAGGCCCCCUGUCCCUUCGUGCUUCCACUCACGGACUGGUCAUCAAUAUCAUCCAUUCUCUCUGCACUUGCUCCCAGCUUCAUUUCAGUGAAGAGACCAAGCAAGUUUUACGACUCAGUCUGACUGAAUUCUCACUGCCUAAGUUUUAUUUGCUAUUUGGCAUCAGCAAAGUCAAAUCAGCUGCUGUGAUAGCCUUCCGAUCCAGUUACCGUGACAGGUCUUUCUCCCCUGGCUCCUAUGAGCGGGAAACCUUUGCCCUGGCGUCCCUGGAGACAGUCACAGAAGCUCUCUUGGAGAUCAUGGAGGCUUGUAUGAGAGAUAUCCCAGCAUGCAAGUGGCUGGACCAGUGGACAGAACUCGCCCAGAGAUUUGCCUUCCAGUAUAACCCCUCCCUGCAGCCAAGGGCCCUGGUUGUGUUUGGUUGUAUCAGCAAAAGAGUGUCCCAUGGGCAGAUUAAGCAGAUCAUCCGCAUUCUGAGCAAGGGACUUGAGAGCUGCCUAAAAGGACCUGAUAAUUAUAACAGUCAAGUUCUGAUUGAAGCUACGGUAAUAGCACUAACCAAAUUACAACCACUUCUUAAUAAGCAGGAGUCCCCGCUGCACCGAGCUCUCUUCUGGGUCGCUGUGGCCGUGCUGCAGCUGGACGAAGUGGACCUGUACUCGGCGGGCACUGCUCUCCUCGAGCAGAACCUGCACACCCUGGACACCCUCCUGCACAUCUUCAAUGACCAGAGCCCGGAAGAAGUGUUCAUGGAAAUCCGGAAACCUCUGGAGUGGCACUGCAAGCAGAUGGAUCAUUUCGUUGGACUCAACUUUAACUCCAACUUUAAUUUUGCACUCGUCGGACACCUGCUAAAGGGAUUUCGGCAUCCUUCACCUGUCACUGUGGCAAGAACCAUAAGGAUUUUACAUACACUGCUGGCACUGGUUAACAAACACAGGAAUUGUGACAAGUUUGAGGUGAACACCCAGAGUGUGGCUUAUUUAGCAGCCUUACUUACAGUGUCUGAGGAGGUGCGAAGCCGCUGUAGCUUAAAACAUAGGAAAUCACUCCUCCUAACAGAUAUCACAAUGGAAAAUGUGCCUAUGGAUAUAUAUCCCAUCUAUCACAGUGACCCCAGCCUUAGGACACUAAAGGAAACACAACCCUGGUCCUCUCCAAAGGGUUCUGACAGACAUCUUGCAGCCAGUUACCCUCCUGUGGGCCAAACCAGCCCCCGAACCAGAAAAUCCAUGAGCCUGGAUAUGGGGCAGCCUUCCCAGGCCAACACUAAGAAGCUGCUUGGGACGAGGAAAAGUUUCGAUCAUUUGAUAACUGACACCAAAGCUCCUAAAAGGCAAGACCCAGAAUCUGGAGUCACCACCCCCCCCAAGAUGCGGAGAGUGGCAGAGAAUGACUACGAUAUGGACACCCAGAGGAUCUCGCCACAGCCGCACCCGCCACUACGGAAAGUGUCCGUGUCUGAAUCCAACGUUCUCCUGGAUGAGGAAGUGCUCACUGACCCCAAAACCCAGGCUCUUCUUCUCACCGUCCUGGCCACCCUGGUGAAGUACACGGCCGACGAGUUCGACCAGCGCAUCCUCUACGAGUACUUGGCAGAGGCCAGUGUUGUCUUCCCAAAGGUUUUUCCGGUUGUACAUAAUUUGUUGGACUCAAAGAUAAAUACUCUGCUGUCCUUAUGCCAAGACCCAAAUUUAUUAAAUCCAGUCCAUGGGAUUGUGCAGAGUGUGGUCUAUCAUGAAGAGGCCCCGCCACAGUACCAGACAGCGUACCUGCAAAGUUUUGGUUUUAAUGGUCUGUGGAGGUUUGCAGGACCAUUUUCAAAGCAGACCCAGAUCCCGGACUAUGCCGAGCUCAUCGUGAAGUUCCUCGACGCCUUGAUCGACACGUACCUGCCCGGGAUCGACGAGGAGGCCAGCGAGGAGUCUCUGCUGACCCCCACGUCCCCCUACCCGCCGGCCGUGCAGAGCCAGCUCAGCAUCACGGCCAACCUCAAUCUCUCCAACUCCAUGACCUCGCUGGCCACGUCGCAGCACUCGCCAGGCAUCGACAAGGAGAACGUGGAGCUGUCCCCGACCACUGGGCACUCCAGCAGCGGGAGGACUCGCCACGGCUCUGCCAGCCAAGUGCAGAAGCAGAGGAGUGCCGGCAGCUUCAAACGGCACAGCAUUAAGAAGAUCGUGUGAAGCCGCCUCCCUUCCCUUCUUAAAAACAAAGCUGACGUUGCCACGGUCCCCACACUGGCUCGCCAUCCGCUGCCACCCCCAGACUUUCACCUGCCACGGCUCCCAGACUGACCAUCACCCGCCACAGCUCCCAAACUGACCAUCACCCGCCACGGCUCCCAGACUGACCAUCACCUGCCACGGCUCCCAGACUGACCACCACCUGCCAUGGUCCCCACACUGACCAUCACCUACCACAGCCCCCACACUGACUAUCACCCGCCACAGUCCCCACACUGGCUCGCCAUCUGCUGGCACCCCCAGACCGUCACCCGCCACGGCCCCCAGACUGCCCAUCACACCCCUCCCCCCGUGUGGCCCCGCAGAAUGACCACCAGCUGCCACCCCCCACCCCCAUGGACACGUCAUUUGCCUCCCCAGCCAUCGGGCUCCUCGGCCCAGCCUCUGCCGUGAUGCUGCACUUGUCUCAUCUCCAUCCCGUCAUCCAUGUGGCCAGAUGAUCAAUUUUUGAAACAGUCACUGAGCUCGAUGCUGCCUUUUCUUUUCUUUUCCUUUUGUUUUGUCCCCCCACUUGGGGGUGGGUUCUGGGGGGGGGGUGUCCAAGUCGUGUUUCCACAGAAUUCCAGAAACCGGCCGGACAUUGAGGGCAGGACUCUGUCUGCCUCACUUUCCUCCUCCUGCUCUCACCGAGUUCAGGGUUCGAGGCGCCCUUUUGAAGGUGGAGGUUUUAUGGAAGGUCACUUCCCAGGAUGCCUCCGCCUCUCCCUUGUAGCUGUGGACUUUGGGGAGUCAUGCAGACGGGGAGGCAGCUGAGGCAGAGCGCUUCAGUGACUCCCGUGGGGAGCCAGCCUUUCCGAAGGGACUUUCGGGAGCCGUUGAGGUUCACGGAACGUCGUCGGCGACAAAUGAACCCUCGGAGCUUUAAGCAAUAAUUUCAGGGGUGACGCAUGAGGGUGGAUCUCUUCUCGUGGCCACAAUGGCAGCUUGGACGAUGGAGACCUGCGCGCCCUCCCUUUUGUCCAGACUUUGUCCAUCUUUUCCUCCAAAUGUUCUCUCAAUGGUGGUUCUACUAGAAGCCCAGCUUCUAUAGGACGAGCACGCCGGCUCCUUGCCUGCCUGCCGUGGGGGUUGUGCUUCUCCUUUCUUCCCUUUGCUCUCAGAAUAACUUCAAGCAGGGUCACUGGGUAACUGAGGAAGCCAGCGUGGCCACACGGGUUGUUUUUCUAGGUCUCCACUUUGGCCAGGGGUCAUCGAAGCCUCCCCCGGUUUCGUUCCCUUGAGUCCAAUGAAACGGUACUUAAUUUUUUGAAGUAGCUAGCUCUUUCAUUUUGUCGCACACAAAUUCCUGGUAGCUGCACAUUAUCAAAUAUUUUCACAGUAAGAGGAGUGCUGAAGUUGUCAGACCUUCAAAAACAAAGAAUCCUAGUAGUCAAACACUUGGGUUUUGUAAGAUAAAAUUGUAUUUAAUCACUGUGAAAAGACUAGCAACCCUGCCGUAAAGUAACCAACAGGGAAACUUGGAGAGGCAGCUGUGCUGUGCUAAAAGGUUUAGGUGUGGUGCCUGCAAGACAAAGGGAAAGUCCUUGGAGUUCCGUGGGCAGCUGGGCAGUGGGGUCUGGACGCGCAUACUUAGGGUUAAACCACAGAGGGCAAAGGACACAUUGGCUUUCCAGGCCCCUGCUCUCCAUUCAAUUAGAGGGAAAUAAAUGAUCAGUGACUUGGAAGAAAAUUAGUGGUAGGGGAAGGGAGAGGAUGUAGGGGUUUCCUGUAAUACUGUUUCAUUAGUGGAUUUCAGUAAACUAAAUUCCACAGCUAAAUUAAUAAAGAAUGGUACAAUUAAGUGUUCAGAUUUUAAUAAUAUACACAUAAUCCACAUUUAUUCACACAGUAACAAUGUAAUAUGUUAAUGUAAAUAAAUUGCCUUUUGUUAUAUUCAGAAAUAACUUAAUUUUUUAAAUUUGUUUACAGUCCUGGAAAAAAAUAUGAACACAAACUUAAUAUGCAAAUGGUUUGCCAAAAUUAAAAAACAACAAACCUUAGUAUUAAUAAUUUUCUUGACGUAGGUUUCUUGGGAAAAGUUGAAGACUUGUGCAAUUAACCAAACUUAAAAAAAAAAAAAAAAUCUCGAUUCUAUAAAUGCUGCAGUCGAAUUGUAAUGGUCCCAGUGCUCCUGAGCCCGUGAGGAUGCUACAAGAACAGAACCGACCUUAGGAAUAGACCAGUAGCUUGUGCCAAGGACCAAUAUUGCCAUCAUUUUGUAGUCUUGCUUCUCUCAAACCACAUCCUCAGUUCCAGUGAAUCUGGUUAAGUACUUGUCUAAUUUCUUGGCUUUUGGAAUAUCGGUCAUUGUGAGCCUUCAGUCAUUUGGAUUCCAUAUUUUUUUUUUAAUCCUUUUUUUGUUUGAUGAAUGCAGUGAUGGGAAUUAUGGUGUUUGCUUUGUUAACUACUUCCUUUGAAAUAGAAAAAAACUGAACAAUUUCUUAAAGUCAUUUUUGCUACUGAAAUGAUGACUUUUGGUCCAUUCAACUUUUCCAUGAGCAGAUUUUCCUAGGCAUAAAGAAACCAAGCCCCUUGCCUCCUAAUGGGAUUCAUUCGGAUCGAUUACCUCAUAUAACGAUCAGCGUGGCACAAAUUGGAAUUGUUUGCCCCUAGUUUGAAACGAAGAAGGUCUUUCCUUCCUAAACUACUAGUAUAUCCUGGGAAAUUAAAACCAUGGAGGUUGGAAGUGGCCAUUCUAGGCAAACCUUCACUUUUUUUAGAAAACUUUAGCUUUUGAACUGAGCAAACACGAAUGGUCCAGAAUUUUGCCUCACACCAAUCACCUUCCCUCAACAACUUGGGCUACGUUUUUGUACCAAACGCUAGGAUCUGAAUAUCUCAAUGUUAGCAUGUUACCCAUCAUGUAUCAUUUGUGGGGUUUUUUCCUGACUUUUUUUUUUUUUUUUGAAGAGGGAAAAAAAAAAGAUAGUAAAUCAGUCAUUUCGGUCAUAUGUCAUCUGUCUCUUAAAGCAAUGGUUCUCGAGGUUCUCAUGUGCAUGCUCCUAUUUUCCAUAAAAGAGAAAUAUUUCACUUGGUUUAGGGACUGAGCUUUUGUGAAUUACCACCAGUGCUCUAUUCCUAACUGAUUUGUAGGUUUUAGGGGUUUUCUGUUUUUUUCUUCUAGGUUUUGUUUUGUUUUGUUUUGUUUUUUUAACUCUUUUCCCCCUCCACCCCCGAUGUAAUGAAGCAUGUCUUAUUCAAUGUUAUGCAACAGACUUACCACCAAAAAGUCACUCUUAGUGUCAGCCACAAGAUUUUUUUUAAUGCAGUAUAUUCACCUGUAAAUAGUUUUUGUGUAAAAUUUGACAGAAAAGUAUAUUUACUACACUGUAAAUACAUGUGACAAUAUAUUGUAUUAUUUUGCUUUUUUGUAAAGCAGUUAGUUGCUGUACAUGGAUAACACACAAAUUUGAUUAUUCUUGUGUUAGUAUUGUUAACUCCUUGCGAUUUGCAAUUACGUUACAUCAUUUAAAAGAAAAUACUGUAUUCUCUGAAAUCACACGGUUGUAUGAUAACUUCGUCUUUUUUUCGAUUGGGGCCUAAAUUCUGACAAUGUUUCCUCUACAAUCCUGUUAAUAAUUGCAACGGAGUCCUACAGCAGCAGAAACAACGAUGAUGAUUAGAGGCAAAAUUCUAGAAAUCACCGUUUCGGAUAAUUGUUGUUCUCGACCCCCAUUUUCUUCCUCAUGUAUGUACUUACCCCUUUUUUGAAGUAAAAUGUAAAUUCAA